CGUUGGACGUGUGUCUGCUCAUGAGUUUAGCUAGCCAACGUCGCCAUGACAUCGACUAAAAGCUAUAUCGGACAUUUCUAUUAGAGAAGCAGUUUCUGCUUAUCUUCAUACUGUACUGUCUUUGAUUUGACUGCGUUUUCAUUGGACAGAGCCGGGGACCGGAUGACAGCUGGGGCAGGUUGGCGGGUGCGGGUACACACCACCACUGGAUUUGACAGCCAACAGUACAGUACACUUUUAGGAAACUAGCUAGCUAGCAGUUUUAGAUGUCGGAUCAGUAGCUGGUCAAUUCAGAAGUUAGAUAGCUAACGUUACUAAGUUGACUUGAAACAUACAACUGUUGAAUAACGACAGUAUUGAUACGUUUGUAGGUAAACGGCGAGAAUGUUGGUCCCUGCGGGAUGAUGAUGAAAAAGAGACUGUGGCGAGUUGUGACAGUGUGCCUACUUGUGUUUUUACCGUGUUGGCACCCCACUCAGUAUGUUGGCUGCACAGAGCAGCCCCCAGAGGCUCGGAGCAUGCCUGCACCUGCUCAGGACAGCAGUGGAGAGGAAGACCCAGGCGACAAGUCCCAUCACAGGGGUGUUGUUCAGGUAGAGGAGGGCUGGGGGUCACAGUAUGUCCAGUACCUAUCUGAAGAGGAGGCGCUGCCAGAGGGAGAGGAGGUGGAUACACAGCAGCAGGGCCUAGAGGAGGAGGAUGAGGAGGAGGCGGCGGAGACUCCAGGCACAGAGGUGGACGACAAUGAGCAUGUCAAGUGCCGUGAUGAUGUUUCCCAGACGUUGGACCUGGAGGAUUCUGUAGCAGAGAAGGAGCAAGAGACAGCACGGCCAGAGGCCCGGCCAGAGGCUGAGCAGCCACCUCCAGAGGCUGUUGUCACCCAAGAGCAGAAGCCAACCCCCGCCUCUGACCUUUCCCCUCCACCAUCUGCCACUGCCCUCAACCCCAUCCCCGAAGACCCCUCCAGCACCCCUAGCUCAUCCUCUAGUGUACCAGAGGAAAUUGUGUCUGAUGUCCCUUUGUCAGAAUCCAGCGACGCUGAUCUGGCCAUAGCCGACUGUGAAGCUGGAGAAACCAACCCCUUUGACGGCACCCUCACCAGUCUUCCCGUUGUCCUGGAGAACACAUCCAAUGCCCUGGGAAAGGGCACCAAGACUGACAUAGACCCCCCUCCGGCCCAGGCAGGUCAGGCCUUAGUGGGGCUGGCUCAGGGGGCCAACGCCUCCCACAUGCUCAAAGAACAGGGCUUGAACUCACACAUCGCCACAGAGACCGUUCCCAGCGUGGCAACCAAGGACCCGGAGGACAACCCCACCUUUGACGAGUGGAAGAAGAAAAUGAUGGAGGUGGAGACAGAGAAGACUCAGGCCACUCAUACCUCCACCAACAGCGGCUCCCACGCUGUAAAGAAGGUGCAAAAGAACUUCAACAACUAUGCAUCGGUGGAGUGUGGGGCAAAGAUCCUGGGUUCUAACCCAGAGGCUAAGAGCACUUCGGCCAUAUUAAUGGAGAGCAUGGAUCAUUACAUGUUAAAUCCCUGCAGCAACAAGAUCUGGUUCAUCAUCGAGCUGUGUGAUCCCAUCCAGGUGAAGCAGUUGGACAUCGCUAACUUUGAGCUCUUCUCUUCCACACCCAAAGACUUCCUGGUCUCCAUCAGUGACAGGUACCCAACCAACAAGUGGGUGAAGCGGGGAACUUUUCAUGCUCGGGACGAGCGCACUGUUCAGAGUUUCCCUCUGGAUGAGCAUCUGUAUACCAAAUAUGUCAAGAUGUUCACCAAGUACAUAAAGGUGGAGCUGGUCUCUCACCAUGGAUCUGAACACUUCUGCCCUCUCAGUCUCGUAAGGGUGUUUGGAACGAGUAUGGUGGAGGAGUACGAGGAGAUCGCUGACCCCCUGGACAGACCAGAAGACCAGGAUGGCGACCAGGAUGACCACCUCGAUUAUCCUCCUGGAUAUGUCCCUGUAGAGGACGAGGCGUCUAAUGACCUCAUAGGAUCAGCCAAGGAUGUCAUUCUGAACAUGGUGAACAACAUUAAAGUCAACGUGCUGGGAGGAGGACCAGGGGAAGGGAACUUCUCAGGCCAGGCAGUGAACAUGACUGCCAGUGAAUCUUCAUCUGACCCCGACACCACCUCCGCCGUCAGCCCUGUGCCUGACACUGUAGGCGUUGAACAGUCUGAGGUACCAGAACACCCUGUCACUACCACAGAGGAUCACACACCAGAGCCCCCUACUCCAGAACCCCCUGUCACAGAGGAACCCAAACUAAAGAAUCUAACUGUGGAGGAGCCGGUUGUGACUCCUAUAGAGGAGGGGGAGGUCCAGUCCAUAGUUACCAUGCUGGAGGAGGAAGAGGAGGAGAAGGAAGAGGAAGGGAGGGACAGAGAUGUGCACCAUUGCCCUGGCCUCCGACAGCAAGAAAGCCUUGACUACUGUGGCCCGUCUUCCUCCUAUCCUUGCUCCUGCUCAGCCUCCUUCCAGGAGUACCUCCUCCAUCAGUGUUACGUUCAAAGGAACUGCACCAGCCAGGAGAGGGAGCCAGAGGCACCCCCAGUCCUAGGAACCAGCAUCACCCCGUCACAGCAUCUCACCAUCUCCCCCACGGCCACUCAGACCCCACAGCAGCCCCACACUCUGGGGGAACAGCCUCAGGAGAGAGAAGCCAGCUCUGCCCUCGGGGAGAGGGCAGCAAGUCCCACUCAAGCCCCACCACACCUUCCAUGGGUUGAGACGGAGGCAGUGGGAGAGAGAGAGCCCAGCACUGAGCUGCCCCACCUGGAGCCCAGCCAGACCUCCAUCCUGUCCAGGCCCAGCUCCACCGACAUUGCCAGCUCUGCCACUAGGCCCACCCCUACCAUGGAGCCUUCCCACCAGGCCUCCUCGAAAGACCUGCCCGGGCAGAAGCAGCCCGCCACUGGGGCAGAGAAGAACCGGGAGGUGCAGCAGGAGGAGAACAGACGGCCUUUUCCCACUGUCGUCACCACCACCUCCUCCAGCCCCAGUGGCCCACUAGAGCAGAGUUGGAGAGCCCCUGUAGAGAGGCCCUGUCCGGACGUCCAGCCUGCCAAACAAGACAUCCCGGUCAUCCACACCCCACAUGUGCCCGAUCCCCUCCCCCCUGUCUCCACCCCCACAGAGCAGCAGCAGCAGCCUCCCGCCCCCACAGCUGAACCAGAGAGUGCUGCUGGCAGUGGCAACACUACUCCUGGGGAGUCCCGCUCUGUCCCCGUCGUGGUUAAUACAGAACCCCCCUCGCGUGGCCAGGCUGUCGCAACAGAAACCAAGGGGGAAGCGGAGCUUGUGGAGGACAUCCUCUUCACCUCGUCGCCCAAUGGCAACGGUCAGCAGCUGCUUCCCCCACCCUCCCCCUCAGACUUCUACGCAGAGCUCCACAAACCCACGGAACAGGCGAACGGGAACCCGAUGCACGGCUCCACCAGCCAGAAGGAAUCUGUGUUCAUGAGGCUCAACAACCGCAUCAAGGCCCUGGAGAUGAACAUGUCGCUGAGCGGACGCUACCUGGAGCAGCUCAGUCAGAGGUACCGAAGGCAGAUGGAAGAGAUGCAGAGGGCUUUCAACAAAACCAUCAUCAAACUGCAGAACACAUCCAGGAUCGCAGAGGAGCAGGACCAGAGACAGACUGAGUCCAUCCAGUCGUUGCAGGGCCAGCUGGAAGACAUCACACAGCUGGUUCUCAACCUGUCUGUCGGAGUCAGUCAGCUGCAGAGCCAGGUGUCUGAAAGGCAGAGUUACCUCCUGCUGUGUCUGGUGUUGUGUUUGUUCCUGGGGUUGCUGCUGUGUGUCCAGCACAGUCGCAUGUCUGCCAUUGAUCCUCCCUCCACAGACCCCGCGCCUCCUAUACCCAAGAGCUACAGCUACUGCUGCCCAGAGAGGCGUUUCUGGGAAUAUGAAGACAUGAGCUUGAAGAGAGGAAUGUCAUAUCCUCUCCUGCACUCGGGCUCCUUCCAGGUACCCACCACUGAAGGUCCAGAGUCACCGCACACUGUUGAACCAUUGAGUUUUCUACCAGCUAAUAAAAAGAAGAAACGGAGUAAGAUGAAGACCGUGGAAACCUUGAAAUGCACUGCACUCUGCGCUCCUCUGCUUGCUCACGGAGCACCUGUAUGUAACAGUGGCACCACAGACCCUACACCCCGCAUGGGGCGUCUCAGCCACCACGCCUUCAUGGACCCCCCUUCCGGGGGCAGUUCAGAGAGCUCCUCCCAGUCGGACGAGCCCUCCUUAUGCGGCCUUGCCGCCACCUCCUGCACUCGCCUCUGUGACGGCCUGCCCAGGAGCAGGGCAGAGAAGCGGGCGUUCAAGCGGCAUCGCUCCAAGCCUGGGUGCGUGGUGGUGGAGGAUCUCCUGCAGGCCCCGCAGAGAGAUGCAACACCCUUAACCCCCACCCUGCAGGACCUCAUGGGGGGAGGGAAGGAGCUGUCUGCAGGGAUGUUGGGAGUGACUGCGCUCUGAGGUCCUGUCGGACCUAGACUAAACUCUCCUCGUGUCUGCUCCUCCUGAAAACAGACUCUGGAACAGUCACCCCCUGAAAGGAGGGACGUUGUCAUCCUUUUAUACACAGGAAGCUUUAGGUCAGGAAUAAGACGAUCCCUAUUCGUCCACCUCCCAACCAGUAUGUUAUGUUCUGUCCAUGUUCUCUGUUGAACCUUUGUCAGGCUCUGAUGUUUCUUUCUUGCUUUGACCAAUGGGAAAAAAAAUAUAUUUUCCAUCUGUCCUUCAAAAUGUUGUUUUUCGUUGUUGUAAAUACUUUCAACCCUACAGCUGCGCUAUGUAACAAUCAAACCUGCAAAUAAUAGCCAAUGUCAAUGAUGGGCUAAAGGAAUAUUUAAAAAA